GAACCUAAUAUUUUCGCUUCCCCGGCGGGCGGCAACCUCACCUUAGCCGCCUGCCGGACCUCAACCUAGUCCGCUAGAAUUUUCUACACAUACCUUAAAAUUUCUUCGAGUCCACCGCCUUCACGCCCAACUCCUUCCAGUCGCUGUCCCUAUUCACCCAGUCAACCCAUCACCACCAAUUUUCUUCUUUGAAGCUUCCUCUGUUCUCGGCCCAUCCCAGACUCUCCCAUCUUGAUCAACAUUCUGUUAGAAAGCAUGCCUAACCAUCCAAGCAACCUAUCAUCAGAUCCUACAAGUGCAGGCCAAGCCUUCGAUUACGUCAGCAUCAUCCGAAACCCCGACGGCACGAUCACCCGCGUCCAGCAAUUCCCAAUCAUCCCUGCAACACCCGAUCCCAACUCUUCCACCUGUCCCGUUCUAUCCAAAGACGUCUCUCUCAACCCACAUCACAACACCUGGGUUCGCCUAUUCCUUCCCCGAGAAGCACUGGAUCAUAGUUCCUCAUCAUCAUCAUCCACCACAAAGCUACCUCUCGUUGUUUACUUCCAUGGUGGAGGGUUCACCACUUGCAGUGCAUCCACCAAUGCUUUCCACAACUUCUGCGUUGAUAUGGUCAUCGAAACCGGUGUCGUAAUCGUGUCCGUCGAUUACCGUCUCGCUCCAGAGCACCGGCUCCCGGCGGCCUACGAUGACGCCAUGGAAGCGUUGCACUGGAUUAAAACCUCCGACGAUGAAUGGCUGCGUGAGUUCACUGAUUUUUCAAGCUGUUUUCUCAUGGGCGUUAGCGCUGGUGGAAACAUAGCCUACCACGCGGCACUACGUGCAGCUGCUGCGGCGGCAUCAGCUGAUCUUGAACCGUUGAAGAUCAAAGGGCUGAUAUUGCACCAUCCGUAUUUUGGUGGGUCUCAGAGGACUAAAUCAGAGAUGAGAUUAGUCAACGAUCGGAUAAUUCCGCUGUUUAUGAAUGAUCUUAUGUGGGAAUGCUCGUUGCCAAUUGGUGCCGAUCGAGAUCACAAGUAUUCUAAUCCAACGGUAAGCAAUGAAUCGGUCGAGCGAGUUAGGUUGCUGGGGUGGAAAGUUAUGGUAACGGGCUGUGAGGGAGACCCGCUGAUUGACCGCCAGAUGGAGGUGGCGAAGAUGUUAAAAGAGAAGGGUGUGCAGGUGAUGGCCCAGUUUAAUGCGGGUGGUUGUCACACAGUGGAGCUGCUGGACCCCACAAAAGCUAAAGCGUAUCAUGUGAUUCUUAAACAAUUUGUCUACCCGUCCGUCAGUAGACUGUGAUUGCUAAUUUUAAGAAAUCACAUAUCGCUAGAUUUGUCGCCAAGCUAGCAACUUGUAUGUUCCUUUAUUGAACGCGUUUUCCACGUUUUCCCUUCGCUUAACGAGUUGGGUUUCUCGACUAUAUUUUUCAUGCAAUAAUGUUGUGUGUAGUCUUAUUGAUCCAAA